AUGACAGACAAAGAGGAAACAAACCACAGUGGGUCCUCUAAUGACCACCAUAGCUUGCUGAAGCUUCUCAGUGAAGCUCGCCAUGACAUUGCCAGUCAGGCUGGGCGGGUCCUCCCAGAUCUGCAAGUCCUCCGGGGCCUGGGCUCAACGAUUCUAGCGGGUGGAGUUAUUGACGAUCGACAAUAUCUCAUCGAGGAGAUCAUUCAGGUUGCCGCAUCGUUGCCGAAUGGCUCAAGGCUCCGUGAUGGCAUCACGGCAGAAUUCGUAAAGACCUUGUGGAAUAGCCUUGACCAUCCUCCUAUAGCACGACUGGGGGAUGAGUACAAAUACCGUGCGGCAGACGGCAGCAAUAAUAAUCCGUUGUAUCCCCAGCUAGGAGCAGCAGGGAGCCAUUAUGUCCGGAGUGUGACCCCUCAACACCCACGGCCAUAUGUGCUACCAGAUCCCUCCCUAAUCUUUGACACUAUUCUCGCACGCAAAGGACCUGCCAAAGAACACCCUUCCAAAAUAUCGAGCUUUUUGUUUCAUUUUGCGACUAUCAUCAUUCACGAUCUCUUCCGUACAGACGAUGCUGAUGUAACAAAACUGAAGAAUUCGUCCUAUCUGGACUUGGGACCUCUUUACGGCCACAACGAGGAUCAGCAAAACCAAGUGCGAUUAUUCCAGAAUGGACUUCUAAAACCUGACACGUUCGCGGAACAAAGACUCCUCGGCCAGCCCCCUGGAGUAUGUGCCUUGAUCAUUGCAUUCAAUCGAUUCCACAACUACAUCGUCCAGGAGCUAGCCCUGAUCAACGAAGGAGGUCGAUUUAGCCUACCAGCCGGAGUGACACCCGAUAGUCCCAAAUACGCCCAGGCGGAGGCAAAGCGGGAUAAUGAUCUAUUCCAAACUGGACGACUGGUUACCUGUGGUCUAUAUGUGAAUAUUAUUCUGGGCGAUUAUCUGAGGACCAUACUGAACCUCAACACCAACCCGGUAGACUCGGACUGGAAACUCGACCCGCGGACGGAAGUCAGUCCUUUGAACUCACCGUCAGUCCCCAGGGGGGUGGGAAACCAAGUUAGUGCAGAGUUCAACAUGAUCUACAGAUGGCAUGCCGCCAUUAGCAAUGAGGAUGAAGCCUGGGCACAUGAGUUCAUGAAAGAUGUGUUUGGCACGGAAGUGAAUCCAGGUACUUUGUCUGUUGAUGAAUUCGUCACCGGCCUGCGCAGGUGGUUUGAGGGUAUUGACCGAGAUCCCGGUCGGUGGACAUUCAAUGGCCUCCAACGACAACAGGACGGUAGCUUUAGAGACGCAGAUCUCGUCAAUAUUCUGCAGACUGGGACUGAGUGUGUCGCGGGUGCAUUCGGUGCCAACAAUAUCCCGCAGGCAAUGAAGGCUAUAGAGAUGCUUGGCAUACAGCAAGGCCGGGAGUGGGGAUUGGCCACCCUAAACGAAUUUCGACGUUUCUUCAAGUUGCAAACGUAUUCCACAUUCGAUGAGGUGAACUCCGAUCCCGCUGUCUGGGAGGCGUUAGAGGCACUCUAUGGACAUCCGGACAAUAUCGAGCUUUAUGUCGGUAUACAGGCCGAGGAAGCCAAGAAGCCAUGCUUCCCCGGCUCUGGAUUAUGCCCGAACUUCACUAUUUCAGCGACAAUAUUAGCAGAUGCUAAUACGUUGGUCCGGGGUGACCGCUUCUGCACUGUUGAUUACAGUCCUGUCAAUCUCACGAACUUUGGGUUUGCGAACACAGUCCCUGACUUCACCGUGGCAGGAGGGGGCCUGAUGUAUAAGCUCCUAUUGCGAGCGUUCCCGGGGUGGUACACUCCGAACAGUGUAUAUACCUUGUACCCUUUCACAACUCCGGAGCAAAACCGGAAAAUAUUUGAAAAGUCCAAAGCUGCCGAUAACCUGGAGUUUGUUAGGCCAAAAUAUGAAAGUCAGCCGACUGCCGUGACUUCAUGGGUCGGAGUAACACAGGUUCUAAAUGAUCAGAAGACUUUUCGUGUCCCUUGGGGUCCACAUACAUACCAGCUUACGCAACACGAUUACAUGCUAAGCGGCGACUCUGCGGCAAAUGCGCAGCAAAGGGAGUUCGUGGACGAUUGUUUAUAUAAACCAACCGAUGGCCUUGAUGAGGUCAGGAAGUUUUACGAAAAUGUGACCAUGGACCUCCUGCGCCAGCAUAGCCGUAAGCUGGGCUCAACAUACCAGGUUGAUAUAGUGCGGGAUAUCGGGAAUCUUGCACAUACCAAAUUCACGGCAGAGUUCUUUGACAUUCCCCUACGGACUUCCGAGACCACCAAUGUGACAGAUGCCUAUACAGAACGAGAGCUGUAUAACAUACUUGCAGAGCUGUUUGCCUAUGUGUUCCUUGAUGUAGACCCAGCUCAGUCGUUCAAGCAUCGUGUCAGCGCGUCGCGGUCGUCAGAGCGGCUGGGGGAAGUUGUGCAGAAGCAUUUAGCCAGCUUGAACAAACAGCCUUUUGCCAUCGCACGCAAUAUUUUAGGCAGCCACAGUGCUAGCACAAAGAAGUGCCCGUUAGCUGACUAUGGGCCAGAGCUGAAUACUAGACUUUCUAAUGGUGGAGGCUCGGUCGAUGAGGUGAUCUGGACGAUUAUCCCAACUGCUGCUGCCGCAUGCGCUACUCAAGCCCAAGGUUGGGCUCAACUGAUUGACCUCUAUCUAUCGGAUACAUAUUACAAAUAUUGGCUGGACAUUCAAAAGGUCGCUCGUUCAGACGAGAAAGACUCGUUUGAAAAGCUAAAAAGAUAUGCCCUCGAAGGAUUCCGUUUAUCAACCCCCGCCUUUGGUGUCCUUCGUUACGCAGCCAACAAGACCACCAUCAAUGACCGGGUGCGAAACAUCCCGAUCAAGGAAGGGGACACUAUAUUGGCCGACUUUGUCUCAGCUGGUCGAGAUCCAACCAAAUUCCCCGAUCCUGAAGCCAUCAAGCUUGACCGUCCUGACGACCUGUACAUACACCACGGAUGGGGGCCACAUUCAUGCCUUGGGCGUGAGAUUGUAACGGUCGCGGCAGCUGCUAUGCUUUAUGUCUUUGGGCGGGUGGAGGACCUUAGGCGUGCCCCUGGUCCGGCUGGUGAGAUGCAGAGCAAAUUGGUCAAUGGGGCAUUCAAGGUCUAUUUGCCUGAGGACAGGAUGGAAUGGACUCCAUUCCCUUGCAGUCAGUACUUCACCAGGUAG